AUGCAAUCCACCAGCUUACUGUUCUUUUCGUUUGUUUUACUGCGUAUCUCAGCCGAUUUAUCAGGUAAGAAAAGUUUUUAAAGCUACAGAUGUUAUUAUUGAAAUUUUAAAAUGCUUUGUAUUACAUUAAAAAAAAUUUUUUUUUAACUAACGUUUAACUUUUUUUGAAUUUAGAUGAAAAGCUCAAAAAAUACGACAAAGUUCGUAUCACAGAGAAGAAUUACGAAAAGAUAAAGACUAUUCACGUCAACUGGUAUUUGACGUCUUUAAAAGCCAUAAUGGGUCAGCUGGGCAAGGACUUGUACAAAGAGCUUAACUAUGGUAAGAUAUCUUUUUUCAAUUUUUUAAAAUUUUUUAGCUAUUUUUAUUCAACCCCCCCCCCUCUCUCCUCUCUUUCUAUAAUCAUGAUUUCCUGUUCUAGUUGAUCAACAGAAGCUAGCCUACUGUCUAAACAAAAUAGAUGACAAAAAAGACCUUCAACAAAGUGCUGUUUGUCUUGUUAAAGCUAGAAAACGACACAAUCUUGCCACUAAACUCAACAUUAAUAACACUAAUAAGAAAAAAAAUGAUCUCAAAACCAAUAUCAAAACGAGUAACAUCCACAUGCAAUACAAAACAACAGAUGCUCCUUCAUUCAACAAUUAUAUUCACCAACACAUUCAUAAGGUAGUCAGCAUUUUUAAUACCCUACCCUACCCUACCCUACCCUACCCUACCCUACCCUACCCUACCCUACCCUACCCUACCCUACCCUACCCUACCCUACCCUACCCUACCCUACCCUACCCUACCCUACCCUACCCUACCCUACCCUAUCCUACCCUACCCUACUCUAUCCUAUACUACUGUAUUCUACCCUAUUCUACCUUACCCUACCCAACUUAAACUUUAGCUGUAGCGUAUCCUUUACGUUAACCCUGGCCGUAUUCUGGUGCCACUUUACCACACUUAUCAAUAAUUCCCAAGGUACUACUAAUCAUACGAAGUUUAGAUAAAAAUAACCAAAGUGCCAAAAUAUGCCCUUCUACGGCGACAAAAAUUAUUUCUACCGUUAAGUCGACCAGUACGGCUAAGAGGAGUGCAUCGACAGAAAAGAAGUUCCAGGUUCACUACAUUCAAAGAACGGGAAAGUGAUGAAAAUAAAGAAAAGAUUGUUGUAGGUUACUGUAAUUUUGCUUCAUAACAAAAUUUGACGUAUUUUACUAUAACGCACUGUAAUUUUCCUUUAAAGGACCUACACUUAUCUGUAGCUUAACAUAUUACAGGUAAAAACUGUUGACAAGCUGACAAAGUUGAAAGAUGUUAAAGACAAGAACUAUGUUAACAGGGUAAGUUUUUUAUAUUCAUACCCUACCCUACCCUAAACCACCCUACCCUACUCAACCGUAUCUUACGGUACCUUAUCCUAUCUUACCUUACCUUACUCUACCUUCCUAUCGUACUGAAAUAUAUUAUACUGCCCUUAUGCAAUCAACUAUCGCAAAUUUCAUAGAUAAUAAACCUACUGUCAUCGUUUGCCGACAACUCUACCGAUAACACCAAGAACAAGGCUGUGGAAUGGAAACAAACUUAUGACCGUCUUCUGAAACUAAAGCAACGCUUUCAAGAAAAGGAAAAAGAGCCCGGAGCCAGAGUUUACUCAAUGAGGAUGUACGAUCUUGUGCUGGAUAGAAAAACACCCAGUAUGACUAGGAAACAAAGUGUAAGUUUUAGGUAUGCCUUCUUGUAGCGUAAGCUCUAAAUAAACGCAAAGAUAAAGGAUUGUAAGUUAGGAUGAUAAGGCAGAAGAUAGAGAUAAGGUAGAGUUAUGAUAGGGUUGGGGUAAAGCUAAGAUAAGGUAAAGACAAGGCCAGAAAUAAGGAUAGAGCUAGGGUAGGGUAGGGCUAAGGUAAGACUGUGAUAAGGAAAGGAUAGAAGAUAGAGCUAGUUAGAACUAGGGUAGGUUUAGGGUAGGAGGAAGGUGGAACAGCAAGAGACGGACUAAGGUAAAGCUAGAGUAGGGCUAGCAGUCUAGCGUGGCUUUAAAACAAGGCUAAAGUUGAAAUAAAGUAGAGCUGUAUUGAGGUUAUACUUGAUCAGUCUUCUAAUAUGUUGACUAAGCCUAAUUCGUCAAUGGCCAUAACUAUUAGGUGCCGACAUAAAGAACCGGCUAUUUAUACGAGAAAUUACAGAAAAAUUAUGGCGGGUUCUUUAUGCCGGCACCUAAUAAUUUGAAACAAACGGGCAAAAUGGGAUCGACCGGACUCACGGGUAGGCCUACAUGAAGGUCUUUGAAGCCAAACUUAGGUCCCGCAACGAAAGAUUUUAUUUGCGAAAAGUGUAAAUCAAAUCUGAUCUUACAGCUACUCACUUGAUUGUAGAUAAAAUAUAAGUAAAUUUGGUUAAGAAAGCGCAAAGUAAAAUUUUAAAAAUUGUUAUUUUGGGUACAGACUGGGGAGUGUUUUAUAAAAGCUGAUAUAAAAUAAAUACAAAACGGCCGCUGACUCUAAAGAACUAUUAUCCUAAUUAAAAGAUGAUGCUAUCGUACAUAACAGCGCCAUAUACGUACAUAUUGUACUUAAACUAAUGAAAAAUGUGAAAUAUGUUGAGAAUUUGUAUGCCACCCACAGUAAUGUCAAGGAAUUCAUAGAGUCUAUUAAAAACCACUUGACAAUAACAUUGUAGCAAAAAUGAUUUUUUUAGUUGAAAAGUUAUGUUACUGUAAUUUUUGUUACUGUUUUUGAAGCUAAUAGACUAUUUUACAGUGUUUGCCAUUGUUAACAUCCAUUUUUGUUAUACAUCGCAUUGUUUUGCAUUGCGGGUGGCAUUGUAUAUCGUACAGCGUAGUAUCUCAUAAAGGAUUGUAUACCACAUUACCGGGCCAUCCGAACUGUAACGUAUAAUCCCAUUACUACGCUAUCGUAAUUGUAAUGUAAAAUAACGUAUAGCCCAUUAUCACGCUAACGGAACUGUAAAGAAGCUUACAUUUCCCACAUUUUUUGAAAAAAAAAUUUCAGAGAUCGCCUCAAGGCCUCUUACAGAUGGCAAUGACACUAUUCAACCAAGUUGGUGGCCAAGAACACAAAAAUCUUCGAGAAUCCAUGAAUUUGAAUAUCUUAAGCCCACGAAUUGCUUCAGUAAUGCCAGAAAAGUCAGGUGCUUCUGAUAUGAGCUUAUCACCAUCAGUCUUGUCGUUCUAUGAAAGUAAUGACAAAAAUGACAUUGCGUCGAUCCCAAAACUUUUAAAAAUAGCUGGAGUUGGAAAAACGGAAAGAGAUGCUCUGCUGGCGGCAUUGAUGAAGUUCAGUGGUGCUAAUAAAGUUGUGGAUGAAGCUGUGGCUUUUUUGGAUAAUAUCAAUUUUAUGAGUAAGAAUUUAGUACAGCGACGGCAGUAG